UCUGCAGUAUUUAUAGAUGCACAGUCUUGAUCUGAACUAGUCAAAUGGCAAGCAAGAAAAAAGAGGCAAGCCUGCAGGCUUCUGUGACAAACCAAGAGCAGUGGGAAGAGAUGCUCGCAACUAAAGGCUUAACAGUUGUUGAUGUGUACCAACAGUGGUGUGGUCCCUGCAGAGCUGUGGUCAGUCUUUUACGAAAGAUAAAAAACGAACUGGGUGAUGACUUACUUCACUUCGCUACUGCUGAGGCAGACAGCAUUGAUGCUUUGGAGGGGUAUCGAGGGAAAUGUGAGCCCACCUUCCUCUUCUACGGGGGUGGGGAGCUGGUGGGUGUGUUGCGAGGGGCAAAUGCUCCCAUGCUUCAGAGGAUGAUUGUGGAGGAGUUGGCUAAAGAGAAGCUGGUCCUGGAGCAAGGAGGUGAACGCAAAGCGGUGAAAGACGAUGGUCUUGUAGAUGAUGAGAACAAAGAAGGGGAGGAGCCGCCUCAGCAGUUGGAGAAUAUGGAAAGCAUAAUUGUUCCUGCCAGUAAAUCCUACACAGUUGCCAUCAUAAAACCAGAUGCUGUUGCUCACGGCAAGGCAAAUGAGAUCAUUAUGAAGAUUCAAGAUGCUGGCUUUGAGAUCUUGGCUCACGAGGAACGCACACUGACUGAGGCUGAGGCUCGAGAUUUUUACCAUCACAAAGCAGCCCAGAGCUGCUUUGAGGACUUGGUGCAGUUUAUGUCCAGCGGUCCCUCCCAUGUUCUGGUGCUCUCACAAGCAGAGGACUCAGCCAGCGUUGUUCCAGCAUGGCGAGAGUUCAUUGGUCCGGCAGACAUAGAGGAAGCCAGGAGAGAAAACCCCGAAAGCUUGCGGGCACAAUACGGCACAGAGACACUGUUCAACGCCGUGCACGGCAGCGAGGACAGCGACCGGGCCAGCAGGGAGCUCGCCUUCUUUUUCCCUAACUUCAGGACGGCCUCCGAAACGGAGCAGGAUGGGGAGGAAGAGCGUGUGGAGAGGACACUGGCUCUCAUCCGGCCCGACGCUGCCAGAGAGAACAGAGAAGAGAUUUUGGCCCAGAUCAGCGAGGCGGGCUUCACAAUAGCCCUGCAGAGAGACGUGAUCUUGACUAAAGAGCAGGUGAAACAGUUUUACUCCCAACAUGUUGAUGAGGAUUACUUUCCAGCACUGCUGCAAACCAUGACCAGUGGGCCGGUGCUGGCUUUGGCUCUGGCCAGAGAGGAAGCCGUUCAUCACUGGAGGAAUAUGCUUGGUCCUGCAGACAUCCACCAGGCCAGAGAGGAGAGGCCGGACUGUCUAAGGGCUCAGUUUGCAGUGGAGGACGAGUCGAUCAACCAGCUUCACGGCAGCGCGAGCUGCGAGGAGGCCGAGCGAGAGAUCAACUUCUUCUUCCCCAAACAACGCACGCUGGCAGUGAUUAAACCUGACGCAAUGGAGGACCACAGAGAGAAGAUUUUGGAGGAGAUUCGCGGAGGAGGCUUUUCGGUGACACGGCUGAAGGACGUGGUGCUUUCAAGGGAAAUCGCUGAAGAGUUUUACAAAGAGCACAGGGAGAAGCCUUUCUUCAGCCAGCUGGUGGAAUUCAUGUGUCGGGGCCCGUGCAUGAUGCUCGUCCUGACCAGAGAGAACGCGGUGGAGGAGUGGAGGGCCAUGAUGGGCCCCGCGGACCCCGACAGAGCCAGGGAGACGUCCCCGCUGUCCCUCAGGGCUCGCUUUGCCACAGACAUCCUGCAGAACUCCGUCCACGGCUCCUCCAGCGUGCGGCAUGCCGAGGAGAAGAUCCGUUUCAUCUUCGGCGAUAUCAGCACUGACACAGAGCUCGGCGGCGACGGCGAGGCUGACACAACCAUUCCAGUGAAAGAGCAAGACAAUCCGGCAGAUGAAAAUGCAGGAACGUCAAGAUCUUCCACGGAAGACGCUUCCAGCAGCAAUCCACAACAUGACGAGGGAAGAGAGGGCGUGAGCCCCAGGUCGAUGGUCGGGGAAGGGGUCAAAGUUGGGAUUGAAAGCAGUGUUUAUUUCAUCUGA